CCUAUUGUUACAAUUAUCUGUUAUCAGUUACUAGUAGUUUUUUAGAAAAAACUUCAGUAUAUUAAAUAUCUGCAUAAAAUCAACACACCACUAAUGGUAAGAAUGGUGAGAAAUAUCGUAUCCCCAUAUUUAUCUAGACAAUAAAAUUGUUUGGAUACAGUUCAUGACGAGAACUUGUCAACCAGUCAUUGUCACCUGACCUCAAACUCUUUUUUGAGGUUCAGUCUAUGGGAAGAAAUCUACUAUACAUGAUAGGUCAGCAAUAUUUGGUAUGUUUAUUUCCGUUUUAGGCUGUUUAAGGUUUGCAUAUUAGUUGGUGGUGAGAAGACCGUCUAACAUACAUCAUAUGACCUUGACCUUAUGUUUGUCUGUUUUGAGUUUAGAUCAAAAUAGGGAAAACAGUUACUUUAGCAGUCUUUGUAUCACACUUAAUGUAGUUGUAAGCUGAUAUGAAGGCAACUGUAAGUGGUUUUAUCAAAUGCAUAAAUGUUUGAUGAACCUUAGUUUUAAAUUCAUAAAUAUAGAAUAGAAGGCAUUAUAGAAACAUCUAGAUAUUUACCAACAUCUUGGUCAGUUGAAACAGCACCUCAUUUGUAAAUUUUUACUUACUUCUAUGAUUCUGUAGUUAUUUUAUGAUCAAAGCCAAGCAAACCUUGUCUUUUUAGGAAAAAUCUUAUUUAGUCAGUGUAUCAACCUUAAAACUUACUAUAUUUCAUUUUAUGUGAAAGACCUUACAUGUUUAUGCAUAAAGAAAUCCUUAAAAACGACCGACCAGCAAAUUAGAUAUGCAUCGGAUCGUCUAGAAUCCAUAAAUAUGUAUAUGAUUUGUUAGUAUCUGCUUAUUCUGUAACAUGGCCAAUGCAAAAACAACGUACAUAUGUAAUGCAUGUGAUAUUACCAUGAUUAAUAUGAAGUGCACAUGCGACAAUAACGUUUAAAAAUAAGCAUGUGAAAAGGAUACGACAAAAAUACCGAAAUCCGAGGCAAAUUUAAAAAGGAGAACGUGAAAUUUACACGUUACAAAAACGUGAAAAUAAAUGAACAUGUGAUUAUACGUUGAAAUCACAUCCAAAAUUUAAAUGUGAUAUAAAUGUGAAACUGAAACGUGCAAAUCACCUGAGUAGUUUAAAACGUGAUUAUCCCGUGAUUACCACGAGAGAAUCUUAUAUACAUUUGUGCAAAAUGCAUGUGAUAUAAAUAUUUAUCUUGUGUGAUACAAAUGUGUGAAAAUUGUGAGUACAACUUUAAACACAAUGGUGUAAAGCUUUUUGAGGAAAUCAAUCAAAGCACUAAGAGAUAGUGCGCGAAAUGUAACUAGUUUGACCAAAAUCCGACGAUUAAAGUCCUGUAACUCUAAAACGACAAAGCAAAUUUAUGUGUCAAUCGAAAUGAAGCUUUCUUCAACUCAUUCAAAUAUUCUAUACAAGUUUCAGCUAAAAUAUUCAAAGUUUUGUUAAUGCUGAUUAACAAGCAGACAAUAUAGUUUGUUAAUAUUCAUCUUUUCAUUUUAGCCUAAUAUCUUUUUGUUUUAAAAGAUAAACACAAGCGGAUGUUUGUAAAAACAUUUGGAAUAUCUUCGCAACAUAAGUAUGCUCUUAAUUUGUGCAACAAUUCUUUGGAAAUAAUUAAUUAUUAUUGAAUUUUCGUGAUUUCAGAAAAAACAGGCAUUUUUGCUGUGUAUUUAUCUUCAUACAUAAUCAAGUCAAAUGUCAUUUUUAAAAGGUGUCAAUGUACUGGUUUUCAAGUUUAUGAUUAAAAUCAGUCGAUAUGCAUCUUUCACAGUUUGAUGUCAGCGUCCCCUGUGACUGUAUUGUAUGUCAUUAAAUUACAAUAAGUUGAGUAGAUAAAGUAAAAUAACAAAAAUACCGAACUCCAAGGACAAUUCAAAAUUGAAAGUCCCUUAUCAAAUGAAAAAAUCAAAGGCUCAAAUAAAUCAAACGAAUGGGAAACAACUGUCAUAUUCCUGUCUUGGUACAGGCAUUUCAUUAUGUAGAAGAUACGGACUUAUAACAAAAUCUCCACACCUUCCAUUACUUAACCUGUUAAUCGAUAAUUUUCAAUUGAAAUCAGUGAUACAAAUCUUUAAUUUGUCAUUGGUACAUGCUAUGUUUUAAUGUAAUAUGAUCGUUCGUCGUCUUAUCCGACUGAUUAUUGAUUCUAUAUGAAAUAUCUCCAUUUGUUUAUUGUUGCGAAUAGCUGUCCAGACAAGAAUAAAACACACACACACACACACACACACGACUGUAUGGUUUAUACAUGAUCUUCAAUAGCAAUUUAUUAAAGAAAUCACUUAAAAGAUAUGAGCAACGUAUUAUUAUUCAUUAAUGCUAUUGUUGUAGCACUGAUGGCUAUGUACGUAUACGUAUAUGAAAAUGAAAGAGGAAUUGAGGAAAUUUCAGUCAAGCAUGAUAAAACAGCAAUAGCAGCCAUGUGUAUUGCAGCACUGAUGUCGAUGUACGUAUACGUGAAUGAAAAAAGAAUUCGGGAAAUUUCAGCCAAGCUUGAUCGAACAGGUGGUGACUAUACAAUCAGAAUGAAUAAAGCCAAAGACUGGUGUAAAGCGAUAUUUAUUCUUCCCUUGACAGCGGGGAACUUGAAAAAUAGAAUACACCAGAAUGCCAUAUCACAUGAUGGAAGUAUCGCGGGAAUAAUCAUGCUUAUUAGUUUAGUAGUCAUGCUAGCUGAAGUAAUGUACAUUUCUCAUACGUAUCAGAAAACAAACAAAACAGCACCUCUUAUCUCCCGACCUCUUCUCAUUGUAUUGUACUACAUAGGAAUUUUGUCUUGUAUCUCUGUUGGAAUACGAGAACAAAUCAGAAAGCGAUAUAUUUUAGACACCGAUUCUCAUGAUAAAAGCAAAUCCCUUAAGUUGAGAUUUUUAUGUUUGUUUUGUCUUGGAUGUGUAGUGUUUCGUAUCCUGAAGAUAGCUUUCCAUGUUGAAUGUAAGGUGUAUGUCCGUACCAACGAUAGUCUCGAAGGAGCCAUUUUAUAUGAUAUUUCGUGUGUUUCGUUUUAUCUGGUACAGACAGGCUUUAUCUAUUAUUUUUGUAAAUAUAAAUUCGUCAAUUCUUUGUUUACAUAUUAUGGUUUGAUCAUAGUUGUAGCGGCAAAUAUUUCUUCGUGGACCCACCAUGCUAAUAGUGAACACGGUCUUUUGAGAAAUUCUCCUGAAAACAACACAGAUCGAUGCUCCCACAGUAACUCAUCUUUUUCCGUGAGUCAACUGUUUCAAAAUGCAAGACCUUUUACAGAACCAUUGCUCACCGAAUACCCGCUCCUAUGCCUAAUAUUUUUGUCUGGAAUAUGGCCGAGGACAACAAAUAAGCUAUGUAUUAUAGAAGAGGGCUGUAAUGAAUCGAAUGAAGCAACAGAAAUGACAACAUUGUUACGAAGCCAAAGAAGCAUAUCACGUAGACCUGACCCUGUUCCACGAAAGUUAUGGAUAACAUACUGUACUAUACUAAUAAGCGGCAUGAUAUAUUUACCUAAAUUAGUUACUGAACUUCUAAGAAUAUUUGGAGAUUUAGGAGCUGAUUUUUUCUUGAUUUCCUCUUUAACUACAACACUCGAAAAUACUGUUCUAUUUCUUGCUCUUGUGAGGUGUUUCCAUGCAGUGCAACGUCAAUGUAGGCCGCGUAAAGAGAAAACCUUAUAUGACAUAGGAAGUGUUCUGUUGAUUCUUAGUUUUAUCAUAACGACAGGAUACCAUACUCUAUUCUUAAUGAUGCAAAUACUUCCAACGUUCACAAAAUAUCGAAGUUUAUUUAUUAUAGAGGACAUCUUAUCUAUCAUCGUUCUUUAUCUCCAAACCGUAUAUAUUUUACAGAUGACAUUAUACACAAUAACAUCUUCAAGAUCACAAUAUUUUUCAAUUCAUUAUAAAUGUCUAUUAAUUGGACUAAUUAAUUUUGGUUAUUGGUUUUCAGAUACUUUCAUCUUGGUUCAAUAUGCUUACAAAUUCAGCAAUCCGUACUACCGUAGUGUACAUAUAGAAAACACUGAUAUUUUCUGGUUUCCUUUCGUUUUAUUUUACAGAUUUGAAAGUUUUAUAUGUUUUUAUUCCUUGUACAGGUCUUAAUUUGUAUAAUAUAUUGUGAUACGUGUCUAAAAAAAUAGAACACUACUGCAAAUUA